AUGGAACCAUUAGUGCCGUUCGAUCCAUACACUCAAAAUGUCACCAUGCGACAUGCAGAUGGCAGUGCCUUCAACGUGAGUGUGCCGAUGCUGAACGUCUUCGUGCAAUACAAUGUACGGGUGUGCAUCAACUACGGCGUUCAAUUUGGGGCAUCACUGGUUUUGCUGGUCAUACUUCUGCUCCUGACCCACGCCGACAAACGACGCUCAGUUGUUUUCAUCUUGAACGGUCUCGCGCUUUUAUUCAAUAGCGUCCGCCUACUCUUCCAAGUCAUUCAUUUCGAAACCGAUUUUGAGAAAAUCUACGAGUACUUCGCUCAGGACUACUCGGCUGUGCCAGCAAGUGCAUAUGCCAUUUCCAUUGUGGCCACGGUCUUCUUGACGCUGGUCAUAAUUUGCAUCGAAGUCUCGCUGGUGCUUCAGCUGAACGUGGUGUGCUCUACACUGCGUCGUCGAUACAGACGUCCCCUCCUCGGUCUCUCUGUGCUGGUUGCUCUGGUGCCAACCUUGUUCCGUUUCUGGUUCAUGGUGCAGAACUGCAAAUUGAUCAUCUCACUGAACUACAUGUCGCAAAUCUGGUGGAUCGAAAGCAUAACCAACAUCAGCUUGACAGUCAGCAUCUGCUUCUUCUGCACCGUCUUCGUCGUCAAGCUCGGCUUCGCGAUCAACCAGCGUCGCCGACUCGGAGUCCGCGAAUUCGGUCCCAUGAAAGUCAUCUUCGUCAUGGGCUGCCAGACCACGAUUGCCCCAGCCAUCUUCUCCAUUGCGCAAUACUACAUCACCGUCCCAGAAUUGAACUCCAAUGUCGUGACCCUGGUCGUCAUCUCCCUCCCACUCUCGUCAAUCUGGGCCGGUGCUGCCCUCGAGAGCUCCCGCAAUCUCCACAGCCGAGACCAGCGCCGCCGCAACUUCUGGCGCUCCCUUGCUGGUGGUGCCGACAGCCCCACCGUUCCAUCCAAUGAUAGCCCUACAAGUCUUUCGUCCAUGGGUGCUGCUCAGACUCUUUGCUAUUCGGAUCGUACUUCGACAACCAAGGGCUCACCGACCUCGCGUGAUAGUGACGCAUUUUAUGGGAUUGCAGUGGAGCACGAUAUCUCAGUCAACCACGCGCAGAAGAAACAUUCAUUGGUUUGA